AGAGACUCUUCUCCGGCUCCAGCUGCCAUCCUACUCCUGCUCCUCCCCCUCCUCCACCUCCUCCUCCUCCUCCUCCUCCUCCACCUCCUCCACCAGAACCACUUCUCUUUCUCAUCACAUCCAGAGUGCGUUGGAGAUGUGACGAAAGGGAAGACAUUGGUGAUAUUGAGCAGCCUGUGCAUUCACGUGACCCCUUGACCUCAUGUUCAGCAUGAAUGGUGAUAUGCCUCAUGUUCCCAUCACUACUCUUGCUGGAAUUGCUAGCCUAACAGACUUGUUAAACCAGCUGCCUUUGCCAUCUCCUCUUCCUGCCACCACUGCUAAGAGUCUGCUCUACAAUGGAAGGAUCUCCGAAGAGGUCAGCAGCCUGCUGGUGUGUCGAGAUGAGAAUCUGGUGACACAGCUGGCACACAGCCUCAACCAGGUCUCCACUGAACACAUAGAGCUGAAGGACAACUUGGGGAACGAUGAACCUGAGGGUGACAUGCCAAUGCUUCUCCAAACUUUGCUGUCCAGGAACCCCAAAAUCUUCAGGGACAAAAGUGUAAUGCAGCAGCCAAUGAUGCAGCAGUAUAAGAUGUCUCAAAAUCAGGUCCAUGGGAGUCCAGCAUCAAACUAUCAGCAAACCACUGUCCCUCAAAGCCCCUCCGGAUGCUUUACAUCCCCACAGUCCGGAUCAGGUUCUCGGUUCGUACCCCAGCAGAACAGUCCUAUACCUAGUCCAUACACUCCUCAGAGUCCUGCAGACUACAUGCAGUACAAUCCACCUAGUUAUUCUCAGCACCAGCAGAGUCAACAAGUUGCUGGUAGUGUGAGAAAUAUCCAUGACAACAAAGUCUCGGGACAACUAUCGAGUAAUUCAUCCAAUCACGAAGGGAGAUUAGGCACAGAUGAGGACUACAUGAACGUGGCUCACAGACUGGAAAAUGAGGAGAACGACUCCUCUACGAAGGCUGCUGCAUUUUCAGUUAAAUCACCGCAAUCUGCGUGUUCCCCUGCUGCAAGUGAAGAGACGAGAAAAACAGGGUCCAGACCUCCUCUCAUCAUGCACUCUCCUCCACCUGAUGUGCAGCGAGGCGCAGCGCCUGACCUCCUCCUCACAUCGGCCGACCGCAAAAAGAGGCUGAAGGAGAGGAGUAAAGAAGAAAAUGAGCAGAUGGACAAAAAUGCCUUGUAUGACAUAGUGAGCUCUCCAUCGAAAGACUCUUCCAGGCUGACUUUAAAACUGUCGCGAGUGAAGAUUCCAGACAUGGAUCAGCCUGAAGAACUUCCCCUUAGGGCACAUAUGGAGUCAGACCACGAAAAGGUUAUAGUGAAUAAUAACAAUCAGUUCUCAAGGACUUCCCAGGACAUUUCACACAAGUUGGGGGCAGAAGAGCAGGCAAACUGUCAACAGGCUGUGGUGCGUCCAAACACCAAGGAGACUGGAGUCGUCAGUGCAGUUGUUUUCGACGAUGCCGAGAUAGACGCAAUAGCAGAAAUUGAAAGAAUUGAACGCGAGUCAGCCAGUGAGAGAGAACGAUGGUCGAAAGAAGUCCAGGAUAAAGACAAACCACUGAAGAAACGGAAGCAAGACUCGUAUCCUCAGGAACCCGGAGCAGAAGCAAGCGAGGGGCCGACUGUGCAUGGAGGCGGCGGUAUCAGCAAGCUGACACCCAAGAAGACGAAUGCUGCAAGUAAUGGUGCCAGUCGGCCUGCUCUGAUGGUCAGUAUUGAUCUGCAACAGGCUGGCAGAGUAAUCGGACAGCCUGUGGUGGUCUUGGAAUCGCCGCAGAUGUGUGAGGAUCACCUUCGUCGCCUGAAGUCAAACACUGAUGGAAAGGUCAAUAAAGUUGUAGAUAGCAGACCUGGGAUCAUCAAACAGCACACUGACACUCCUCAGAAAUCUGGCUCAGAUGGGCAGCUAGAAACUCAUAAGCAGAAACAGGAAAGCCGGCGUGAAUCAAAACACAGACAUGACAACAAAAGUGACGGAGGAAAGGGAGACUCAGACGACAGACGGCCAGACACACCACGGCAGAAACAUGACAAACAUUCGGACUCACGCCACAAAGAGGAAAAGAACCACAACAGCCACCGAUCCCAUGUCAGCAGACCUGAAACUCCAAAAAACAUGAGCAAGGCGGAGCGCAACUCCAGACAUGGAGAAGAGAAAGGCAGGGAUAAAGAAAGGGAGAAGGACAGAGACAGACAAAAGGACAAAGAGCGAGACAGGGAGAAAGAACGAGACAGGGAGAAAGAGCGAGACAAGGACAAAGAACGGGACAGGGAUAAAGACAAACACAAAGACUUAGAUAGAGAAAAAGACAGAGACAGAGAAAAGAAUAGAGACAAAGAAAGAGACAAAGACAGAGAAAGAGACAAAGACAGAGAAAGAGACAAAGACAGAGAAAGAGACAGAGAAAGAGACAAAGACAGAGAAAGAGACAAAGACAGAGAAAGAGACAGAGACAGAGACAAAGACAGAGAAAGAGACAGAGACAAAGACAGAGAAAGAGACAAAGACAGAGAAAGAGACAAAGACAGAGAAAGAGACAAAGACAGAGAAAGAGACAGAGAAAGAGACAAAGACAGAGAAAGAGACAAAGACAGAGAAAGAGACAGAGACAAAGACAGAGAAAGAGACAGAGACAAAGACAGAGAAAGAGACAAAGACAGAGAAAGAGACAAAGACAGAGAAAAAGACAGAGACAAAGAAAGAGACAGGGACAAGAAACACAAGACGUCAAAAGAAAACUGCGCCAAAACCUCACCUGACCAUCAAACGAAACCUGACAUCUCUAGACCGAAGCAAGAUGGAAGCAGAAAAUCAGCAGAUCUCAAUGGUCGACAGAGGACAGGCAGUUCCGGCGUUCAAACUCCCCAAAAUAAGGAGCAAAGGGCAAGCGGGGAUGGCAACGUUAGCUGCCAAACUGGAAACAAACGGCAGCCUUCGGAGACAAAACCUAGCGAGUUCCCCUCUUACCUGCUGGGUGGCAAGUCAGGAAGUCUGAAGAACUUUGUGAUUCCUAAAUUGAAACGAGAUGGAAAAGAACCCCAACUCGGAAGUAAAAUGGUCGAGGGCUGGAGCGAACCGCGAGUAAGGCUGGAGAGAGUGUCGUUGGUAGAGAACCUAAACAAAGGCGCUAAACCUGUCGUUGUGGUUAAGAAACUCAGUGUUGAUGAGGUCAGAAGGAUGAUUAAAGAAAGCAAGAAUGCACACAGCUCCAAAUCCAGGAACUGGUCCUCAUUGGAUAGAUCAGGAAGAGAGUCUUCUUUUUGUGAGAGGACAAACAAGCGAAGGCACAGUUUGAUUAGUAAGAAAUCCAAAUAUGCUGAGCUGGAUUCCUCAGAAGAUGACAACAGUGAUAGCAACUCUGAGACUGCAAGGAAAAGGUACAAGAAAGAGCACGACAAGACAUGGAAGUACGAGGAGAAGAGAGGUUCUGGAGACCACAGACGAAAUGGUGGACGGGGGUCUGGUAGUCGUCAUCACCAAUACGGAGAAGAAGAUUCAGAUGAAGACUCUCCCCCACCGAGUUUGAGUGACGUUGCCAAAAGAAUGAAGAAAAAGGAGAAACAGAAAAACAGGAAAGCGUACGAAUCCAAGCUGACACCGGAGGAAAUGAUGGAUUCUUCCGCAUUUAAGAGAUUUGCAUCCAGUGUAGACAGCAUUCUUGAGACCCUGGAGGACGUGGACCUCACUGCUGCAGAUGAUGAUGAGAUACCUCAAGAGAUCCUACUCGGAAAGCAGCAGUUGAGUGAACUCGGCAGCAAUUCUGCCAAGCUUAAAGCUAUGGGCAUCUUUAACAAGUUUUCAUCCAGUAAACUGGUGAAGAUUUUGAAUAUCCUGGAGAAGAACAUUCAGGACAGCGUCAAACUUUCCACAAUGAUGAAUCAUGAUAAUGAUUCCAUGGAUGAGGAGCGGUUGUGGCGUGACCUCAUCAUGGAGCGGGUGACAAAGUCUGCUGAUGCCUGUUUGACUGCGCUCAAUAUAAUGACGUCUCCACACAUGCCUAAAGCAGUUUACAUCGAGGAUGUGAUUGAGAGGGUGCUGCAGUACACCAAAUUCCAUCUGCAAAACUCCUUGUACCCUCAGUAUGACCCUGUCUACAGAAUGGGUCCCCAUGGAGGUGGCAUGCAUACUUCAAAGUCCAAGAGAGCAAAGUGUUCCACCCACAAACAGAAGGUGGUAGUCAUGCUCUACAACAAAGUAUGCGAUAUUAUCAGCAACAUCUCAGAGCUCCUUGAGAUCCAGCUGCUCACUGACACCACAAUUCUUCAGGUGUCCACUCUUGGCAUUACACCAUUUUUCGUGGAGAAUGUCAGUGAACUGCAAUUGUGUGCCAUCACACUGGUGACAGCAGUGUUCUCUCGUUACGAGAAGCACAGGCAGCUCAUUCUUGAAGAGAUUUUCACCUCUCUGGCUAGACUGCCUACUAGUAAACGCAGCCUCAGGAACUUUAGGCUAAACAGCAGUGAUUCGGAUGGAGAGCCCCUGUAUAUCCAGAUGGUCACAGCUCUGGUUCUUCAGCUCAUCCAGUGUGUGGUUCACCUUCCCUCUGACAGAGAUACGGAGGAAGAACAUAAUAAGAAGGUGGAUAAAGAUGUCCUUAUUACAAACUCUUAUGAAACUGCCAUGAGGACGGCUCAGAACUUCCUCUCAGUGUUUCUCAAAAAGUGUGGCAGUAAACAGGGAGAGGAGGACUACAGGCCUCUGUUUGAGAACUUUGUUCAUGACCUGCUGUCUACAGUCAACAAGCCUGAGUGGCCUGCAGCUGAACUGCUGCUCAGUUUACUGGGUCGGCUGCUGGUGCACCAGUUCAGUAACAAGCAGACAGAAAUGGCGCUCAGAGUGGCGUCGCUGGACUACCUUGGCACUGUUGCUUCUCGCCUGCGUAAAGAUGCUGUCACCAGCAAGAUGGACCAAAAGGCUAUUGACCGCAUCCUAAGAGAGAUCCAAGGCAGUGAUGAAACACAACAACUCCAGAAAGCUUUGUUAGACUUCUUAGAUGAGAACAUUGAGACAGAUCCAGCUUUAGUGUUUGCCAGGAAGUUUUACAUCGCCCAGUGGUACAGGGACACUACAAGCGAGGCAGAAAAAGCAAUGAAGUCCCAAAAUGAGAUCGAUGAGGACGUGAAAGGUCGACAUCAUUCCAACGAUGUUGAUUCAACUGGGGAGAUUAUGCAGAAGGCCGAGGCAAGAAAGAAAUUCCUCCGCAAGGCUAUCAAGGCUUCACCAUCUCAUUUCAGUUCUCUGAGGAUGAACUCUGACACAGUGGACUAUGAGGACUCCUGUCUGAUUGUCAGAUAUCUGGCCUCUAUGAGGCCAUUUGCACAGAGCUUUGAUAUUUAUUUGUCACAGAUUCUGAGAGUGCUGGGUGAGAGCGCCAUUGCAGUCAGAACUAAAGCCAUGAAGUGUCUGUCUGAGGUGGUGGCUGUGGAUCCAAGUAUUCUGGCAAGGUUGGAUAUGCAGCGUGGGGUUCAUGGUCGCCUCAUGGACAACUCCACCAGUGUACGAGAGGCCGCUGUGGAGCUUCUCGGUCGUUUCGUGCUGAGUCGACCCGAGCUCAUUGAGCAGUACUAUGACAUGCUAAUUGAAAGGAUAUUGGACACGGGCAUCAGUGUGAGAAAAAGGGUCAUCAAGAUCUUGAGAGACAUUUGUCUGGAGCAGCCAGACUUCCACAAGAUCACUGAGAUGUGCGUCAAGAUGAUCCGGAGGGUCAACGAUGAAGAAGGGAUCAAGAAACUGGUGAAUGAGACAUUCCAGAAACUCUGGUUCUCCCCGACGCCGAGCCAUGACAAAAAUGCCAUGACCAGAAAGAUCCUGAAUAUCACAGACGUGGUGUUGGCGUGUAAAGACUCAGGCUAUGACUGGUUUGAGCAGCUUCUUCAGAAUCUGUUGAAGUCAGAAGAAAAUGCUUCAUACAAGCCUACCAAGAAGGCCUGUGUUCAGCUGGUGGACAAUCUCGUGGAACAUAUACUAAAGUAUGAAGAGUCUCUUGCAGACUGUGAGGACAAAGGGGUCAGCUCAGGUCGUCUGGUUGCCUGCAUCACCACUCUCUACCUGUUCAGUAAAAUCAGAGCACAGUUGAUGGUCAAACAUGCCAUGACUAUGCAGCCCUACCUGACCACCAAGUGUAAUACUCAGAAUGACUUCAUGGUCAUUUGUAACGUGGCCAAGAUCCUGGAGCUGGUGGUGCCGCUGAUGGAGCACCCAAGUGAAACUUUCCUCACCACCAUCGAAGAAGACCUGAUGAAGCUCAUCAUCAAAUACGGCAUGACGGUUGUACAACACUGUGUGAGCUGUCUUGGUGCUGUUGUGAACAAGGUCACACACAACUACAAGUUUGUCUGGGCUUGUUUUAACCGGUACUAUGGAGCUCUGGCAAAGCUGAAGACACAGCACCAGGAGGACUCCAGCAGCUCCACUCUGGCUGCGAACAAACCGACUCUCCUGCGCUCGCUGUUCACUGUGGGGGCUCUCUGUCGACACUUUGACUUUGACCAAGAAGAGUUCAAGGGUGCCACCAAGAUUAUCAUCAAGGACAAAGUGUUGGAACUUCUGCUUUACUUCACCACUCAUGAGGAGGAGGAGGUCCAGAUAAAGGCCCUCAUCGGUCUAGGGUUCCAGUUCAUCAUGCACCCAGAGCUCAUGUUUGUGCAGGACGUGAAGAUUCUGUAUAACAACACCCUGUCAGAUGAGAGCAGUUUGGUCGGUUUGAAGAUCCAGGUGCUCAAGAAUCUGCAGACGUACCUGCAGGAGGAGGACUCUCGAAUGCAAGAGGCUGACCGUGAAUGGAAGAACCAGGCCAAACAGGAGGAUCUAAAGGAAAUGGGCGACAUCUCAUCGGGCAUGAGCAGCUCCAUAAUGCAGAUUUACCUGAAGCAGGUGCUGGAGUCCUUCUUCCACUCACAGUCCACCGUUCGGCACUUUGGCCUGAGUGUCAUUACGCUGACUCUGAGCCAGGGCCUCAUCCAUCCUGUGCAGUGUGUGCCCUACUUGAUCGCCAUGGGAACAGACCCGGAGCCAACCAUGAAGAACAAGGCCGAUCAACAGCUGGUGGAGAUCGACAAGAAAUACUCAGGCUUCAUCCAUAUGAAGGCUGUUGCAGGGUUGAAGAUGUCUUAUCAGGUGCAGCAGGCCAUACAUGGACCCAGUAAGGCUGUGAUCCGAGGUUUUCGUCACGAUGACUCAGACUCGGCUCUCUGCUCUCAUCUCUACACCUUGGUCCGAGGGAACCGGCAACAUCGACGGGCUUUCCUCCUUUCCCUGCUCAACCUGUUUGACGACAGCUCUAAUACAGGGGUGAACAUGCUGCUCUUCAUAGCAGACAACUUGGCCUGCUUCCCGUACCAGACGCAGGAGGAGCCUCUGUUCAUCAUGCAUCACAUAGACAUCACCCUGUCUGUCUCUGGCAGCAACUUGCUGCAGUCUUUCAAGGAGUGUUUACGGAAAGAGCCUGUGAGGCACGAAAAGAAGAUGAAGACAAAAAAGAAGAAGAAGAAGCAUCAUCAUUCAAGACGGAAGAAAUACAGCUCUGAUGAGGACGAGGAUGAAGACGAGGAUGAAGACAGCAGUAGCGAAUCCAGUAGCAGUGAUGAGGACGAUGAAACGGCCCACAGGCGGAAGAAAUCUGCGGCCUCUGAUUCUGACUCCGAAGAUGAAGACGCAGUGAUGGACCGCCUACCUGAAAACCCCAACCCUCUGCUGGAGUUUGCCAGUGCGUCACAGGGCAUCCUGCUGCUGCUGGUGCUCAAACAGCAUCUGAAGAAUCUGUACGGCUUCUCAGACAGCAAAAUCCAGAAGUAUUCACCAACAGAGUCUGCCAAAGUGUACGACAAGGCAGUGAACAGGAAAUCAAAGGUGCACUUCAACCCUGGUCAGACACUGCAUUACCUAAAGAGUGAUCUCGCCAACACAGAGCUCAGCGACGAGAUCAAGAGGAACAUCGUGAAACAGUAUUUGGAUUUCAAGGUACUGAUGGAGCACUUGGAUCGCGACGAAGAAGAUGAGGAGGGCGAAGCAAAUGCCAACGCCAGAAACAAAGCCAUCACUUCGCUGCUGAGGGGCCCAAAAACCCAGAACCACAACCACAGCAAUCACACCGCUCCGGUGGAGUCCGAUGAGGAGGAGAGCGAGGAUGAAGAUCCCCCUGCGCGAAAGCCACGGAAAGGCGGAGAUUCUGCAGAGGAUUCAGGUCACAUGAAGGAGACAGUGGAGGCCAUGGAUGUAAUUGCCAUCUGCUGUCCUAAAUACAAAGACAGGCCACAGAUCGCCAGAGUCAUCCAGAAGACCAAGAGCGGCUACAGUAUACACUGGAUGACUGGAACUUACUCGGGACCCUGGACUGUGGCAAAGAAACGGGACGGUCGCAAAAAGGUGCCUUGGGUCGACAAUAUCAAGGAGUCGGACAUUAUUUACAAGAAAAUCUCCUUAACGAGCGGACAGAAGCUCUCGAGCAAAGUGGCACAGACGUUACGGGCGCUUUACGCUGCCAAGAAGGGGACUAAGAGCUAAUCUCCCUCACAGCCCACAUCUAUGGAUCCAAUAUGUUACAUCCAGAGAGAAAGUGAAACCUCUUUAGAUUUAAGGCCCCGUUGGAAGUAAAGCAUUGCGAACACUGAUCUGUUUAAACACAGAUACGUUAAAGCACGAGAUAAACACGAGAAGGAAAUGUUUUGGUAAACAUUGUGUGGGAGUUCCUUCGCUGUUGUGCAGCAACUCGGUUGUUUGAUUUUUACUCCCACUGUAUUGUAUCAUAGUUUAACUAAAAGACAUGUUUAUACCUGAACAUAAUUCUGUAAAAAAUUAAAGUGAAUGUUGGAAAUUAGUGUAUUGAUGAUGUUCUUAAUAAAGUGUUUUUGGAAUUUAAA